UGUUUUUAUUGUUUAAAAAUCAUACAAUGUUGACCAUAAUAAGCCUGACUCGCAUUAAGAGGAGUUACUUGCAUAUCUUGUCAAUUCCCUAUGAACUGAUUGGUGUUAAAAUAAUGAUGUUUUCCAAAACUGGCAUUUCACCUACAUCUUGCAUACUUGUAGCAUAACAGUGAACCACGAUUUUGAAAUCAACAUUCAUCUAAAGUAGCAGAGGUUUCAUUGGCUUAGCUGACAAUUGCCUCCUUUCCCCAAACAUAUUGCAUCCUGAUUUGUACUCCACAGAUAUUGUUGGACAGCUAUCAAAUUUAAUUGCAGCAUAUAUUUUUAUAAACAUGUUAUACAACGUGCUAAAAGAAAGAAAAGAGACUAUUUUCCCCUCCAGAUAAAGACCACCAGCCAACCUCCUAAUUGUACGAUGCAGAGCCAUUCCCAUACUUUUACUAACUUAAUAGUUAUUUUUCCUUAUCACUUACUGCAGUAUUACUAACCUCUGUCUCCUCUGCAUCCCUGGUACGCUCAUAUUUGAGUAGAGGUUAUGUAUAAAUUGUCACAUCUACUCCCUCAAAUGUGAGUGACUAUUAAUUUUCCCCUCCAUUAAAAAAACACAACAAAAACCAUCCCAACAACUUUGAGUAGUCAUAACUUCACAUUCUCCAAGAGCACUGAGGCAUAACUGAGAUGUUGAUGGUUUAUACACCAAGGGGUCUAUGACUGGGAAUGCAGCAAUUUCCUAUUGGUACAAAAAUACUGCAGAAGAAAUGAAGGUCAGCUAAUACACACUUGUACCUUCAUUCCCUUAACAUAUUCGCUCUUUCUUCCAGCUUCUUCUCUACCCCCUAUAUUUGUAGAAGUUGAGUUUAAUAAAUGCUAUUCCUACUAUUUUUAUUUUGGAAGAAUACAGGAACAAUAGAAAUCAAUGCACCCUAACCUAAAGAGGAUUUUCAUUAGCAAACAUGAGUUACUUAGAAAAGCUAGCUAAAGUUGUAGGUGAGUGUGCAGAUAUUUGCACCACAGGAUAAACUGAACAUACCACACUAACACUGGAAUCCAUUUCUGCACACUAGGAUCCAGUUAGUUCAGUGAAUUGGAGCGAUUUAUUGGAAUGCUUUCUUUCAAGGGCAGUGCACAGAGUUCAGCGGAUUGCCUAAAUGAGGUUAAAGGCAAUUGGAUCUCCCUGUGAAUUGCCACACACUGUGUAAGCAGCACCAGCCCUCGCUACUGAAAUUGGGCUUCUGAGCCAGCACCCUGCGUGUAGAUGUGAAUAAUGCCCUCGUGCCCCGAGAGCUGGGAGAAAGUAUGAGUCCCCUACAGCCCAGAUAAGGUCUUUGCUCUUCUGUCUUUCUGCAAAAACAUUCCCUGCAACCAUGGAUGAAUAUACCCGCUUUGUGGAUUGGGACAAGAUGGAUGCCACCAUCCAGACCCAGGACCCAAAGGAGCUAAUCUGCUCAGAUUUCCAGGAGUUCAAACAGCUUGCCCGACAGGGCUAUUGGGCCAAGAACCACUCUUUGAGAGCCAAAGUGUACCAGAAGCUAAUUGGCAACAUCUCAUGUCGCACAGUGACACCAGAUGCAAACGUGUACCGGGACAUCGUUGUGAAGAUCGUCGGCAAGCGUAACACAGGCACCCUCCCAUGGCCAGAGUUUGUGGAUAACAGUCUGGUUCCCAAUUACUGUUUGAAUGCUGAGGGCAUUGGGGCAGUCAGGAAGAUUAUCUGCUGCAUCGCAAAUCAGUUCCCUGACAUAUCGUUCUGCCCAGCGUUGCCUUCUGUGGUGGCUCUGCUCCUGCACUACAGUCGAGAUGAGGCAGAGUGCUUUGAGAUGGUCUCUCGCAUCCUUGCUUGCAAUGACCCCUCCAGGCGGCUCAUUGAUCAGACAUUCCUGGCGUUCGAGUCCUCCUGCAUGACCUUUGGAGACCUGGUGAACAAGUACUGCCAGGCAGCGCACAAGCUGAUGGUGGCCGUAUCUGAGGACGUAUUGGAAGUGUACUCUGACUGGCAGCGGUGGCUCUUUGGAGAGCUGCCCUUGAUGUAUGUCACGCGGGUUUUUGAUGUGUUCCUGGUAGAAGGCUACAAGGUGCUCUACCGGGUUGCACUAGCCCUUCUCAAAGUCUUCCACAAAGUGAGAGCUGGACAGCCCAUGGAGUCGGACAACGUGCAGCAAGACAUUCGAGCUUUUGUUAGGGACAUUGCCAAGUCGGUGUCUCCUGAGAAACUGCUGGAGAAAGCCUUUGCCAUACGGCUUUUUUCCCGGAAGGAGAUCCAGCUUCUGCAUAUGGCCAAUGAGAAAGCCCUGCAGCAGAAAGGCAUCACUGUCAAACAGAAGAGUGUUUCAUCUUCUAAAAGGCAGAACGUGCACUUGGCAGUGCAUGCGGAGAACUUCAAGUCUGAAAUUGUCAGCGUGAAAGAGAUGAGAGACAUUUGGUCCUGGAUCCCAGAGCGCUUUGCACUUUGCCAGCCCCUAUUGCUCUUUACCACCUUGGAACAUGGCUGCAGCCUAAGCAGGUUCUAUUCUCACAGCGAGGGGCACGAGCCAACGCUGCUGCUGAUCAAGACGACAGCCAGAGAGGUCUGCGGCGCUUAUUUGUCAACCGACUGGAGUGAGCGCAGGCGAAGAGGUACUCAGCUGAGUUUCUUUGGGACUGGAGAGUGCUUUGUAUUCAGGCUGCAGCCGGAAGUGGAGCGCUAUGAGUGGGUGAUAAUCAAGCACCCCGAACUGGCCGUGACGGCUUCUGAGCAAGGGACUAAGUCUCCGCAGGUUUCCAGUGUCCUGUCCUCCAGCAGCAUCCACUCAGAUGCCUCAGAUCGUCUCUCCCCCUUCCUAGCCACUCGCCACUUCAACUUGCCUUCCAAAACCGCUUCCAUGUUCAUGGCUGGCAGCAAUGAGUGUGUCAUCAUAGGAGGUGGCGAUGGCCAAGCCCUCUACCUUGACGCAGACCUGAACCAUGGGAGAACCAGCCACUGCAAUACUUUUAAUAAUCAGCCACUGUGCUCUGAAAGCUUCCAGAUCUCCUCCUUGGAGGUGUGGGGCUUCAAGGACACUAUGAGUGUCUGAGGCUAGACCCAGCAUCAAUUAAUGAGCCUGUUGGACGUCUCAGAAUUCCCAAGAGAAAUACCAGUGCAAGACCAAGCUAGCACAAAAAUUCCACUUGGCUCCUUCUAGCUUAGUGGCUGUUAAGGAGCACACUAAAUGCAGGGCUGGCUUGUUUAGUGUUGCUCCUUAUACAGGCUAAGUGGUGCAUCUGGUUAAUUCCUUUUACCUCUAGCAAACUGGAUUCAAAUCCUGAUUUAGGUAACAAGUGAAAAUGUGGGUGUCUCAUUUGAGUCCUGAAUGGACAUGUGUUCGCAUCCUGUGACCACCAUGCAAUCGGUGCAGUGAACAGUCUGUGAGGCCCAGGCUGGAGCUGCUGGGGACGGAGGAAUAUUGGUAGAACUGUGCGUGGCUUGUACAUCCGUUUGCCACGUGCGGGAACAGAAUAGUGGUUGCUAAGUUAUUAAUGCAGGCUAUUGGUCAGUGCUCUCUAGACGUGAACUUUGCAGAUGGGUCCUCCAAUCAGGCAGAUCCAUGCAAGCAUCUUCAGCCCUCUUUCCUGAGCAAAUCAGCAAAGCCCUUGGCCUCUGAAAGGAAUGAUGCUUAACAGCUGUUUUUCCCCACAUCUGAACCCUUGUGGUGUUCAUCUGCUUUCGGAGGCUGCCCCUCUGUAGGAAGCAGCCACUCUGGGAAAACACAUCCUCUGGGGGCUGACUUUCUGUUGACAUUCUUACCACAUAUCAAUUGUGACUUCCAGUUGUAGUAUUGUGACUCGCGGCUCAGGCAGCUAAAAGCCGGCAGGAUACACGCAGAGCACAAACUCCCCUGUGACACGAGGCUUUGCACCACCUGCAGGGACAGAACAUGAUUGUAUCCAUCAGUUCUGGCUUGUCUGGGAAUGUACUAGUUCCCCACACAGGCACUAGGGGGUGCUGCUUCUCUAUCACCUGAGUCUGCCUCGUGCCUGGAGAGACUAGUGCUCUUUCACUACCAUCCAGGCAUGAUUUGCCACUAAUGCCUGGGGGGAGGGGGGGCAAGUCGGGCAGGUGAAACAUCCUUUCUCGGUGCCCAAGAGUUCUGGCGCCCUUCUCCGCAGUGAGGAAGCGAUUCCCCAUUGCCUGACCCCUGCUGCUAGCAGUCCAGCUUUGAGACUUGCCCUGUCCAUGCGUGUGAAGGAGAUUCCUCUGCACACCUCAGCAGAGGGCGCGUUCUACGGCCAGAAGGCGGGAAGAGAGAGCGGGCUCCCUUGCCAGGUGCAGACACAGCAGUCGCCCUACAAUGGAGCGCCGUGAUGAUCACAUUUUUGAGAGGUGCAUUUCUUUGCUAAAGGGAGAUGACAUAUGCAGUGCAAAUCAGUGACGGGGGCUGGGCAAGAUCUGCUCAGAAUCCAGGGCUGAGAUGAGCUGGUUAGCGCCCCCAUCGAAGGGCCUGGCAGGCAGGGCAUUGCCUCUCCAGAGUCCCCAGGCGGAGGUGGGCCUGGAAGAUGAGCAGCAGCUUGUCGGAGCCCUUCCUGAAGAACCCAGGUCAGGGAUGGCCUGUGGCUGCACCUCUUUAAAUGACCGAAGUACGCCAGCCUGUGUGUCGUCAGGAUCUCCUGCGGGCUGCGCGUCCUGCCAGCGCAGGAACGCCACAGGUGGGCAGGGCAGCACCGUCCUUGCCCCGGGCAUCCUUGCAGGGCCUUGCGUGUGCUUGCAAGGGCAGCGUCAUGGGGCCAGCCCAGAACCUGGGCUCUGGCCUGGCGGAGUCACUUGUGUCUGGAAAGCAGACGCUGCCAGGGUUAAGCCGAAGCCCAUGUUCUGUUCGACUCCAGCGGCUCUGUUCCGGCGUGUUUUGCUGCUUGCUUGGAAAAGGCCUCUCUGGGCCUGUGAGCUGCAGAGGCCGUUGACUGACAGCCCACGGGGCUGCACACGGCAGGUGAGU